CCACUGCAGACGCGUGAAACAAUUUUUGAUGUUUUUCUUGGCUCUGUACACGGCUUUCAUGUGUUUUCCAUCCACUUAUUCAAUUUGCCAUUCACUGCACACAAGUGAAGACGAGCUUAACCCCCAAACUGGACAAAGGUGUGCCUCAAGCCCCCAAACCCCACUCCUAACACUCGAAAGCCAAUGGCGCAUUUCAUUUCUCGACUUGGACUCUCUCAUUUUCUUGCAAUGCGUGCCAGGCACGUUAAAGUAAUUGUAAAAAUUAACUUAUUAAUUAAGCUCCCGGAAUGUUCAGCAACAAUAGCGAAUGCGUAAUGCUCUUUUUCUCAAGUCAAAUUGCCGAUAAUUUGGUUUUUUGCACCAAGUUACAGCUGCCGCUUUAAGGAUGAGCGUAUUCAUUCGAUAAACUUUCACUCUCUGCUUGCCAAAAUGAUAUAUGCAACAGGUACUGCCUCGGGGUAUCAAAACCUACUCGGGGUAUCAAAACGCAGCUUAAAACCCCGCCCAUUGCGAGGAUAUCCGGACCAGCAAACUUACGCAUUUCGACCAGGUUCAAAAACCCGACCCAUUGUCUUAGCUCUUCAGUUUGUGGCUUUUCUCUCCGCUUAUUGCCCACUUUGUCUCAGUCAACGGGUUAGACUUUUUGGCUUUUAUUUUGAUUCGACUUUUGGGGCUACGGCUUUUCAUUUUGCAUUUCGUCAGCGGCAACAGAAACUCGUUGUGUCAUACAUAAUUCUGUUAUUGUUUUAUUUAAUUAGUUUCGUUGUCUUUCUUGGGUGCGCUUCUUUCGGCGACCGAACGCUUUUCCCACUCCGAAAAAAAGAAACACUCAUCGUGCGGAGAAUUUCAUUUGGCCCCUGUUCCUUUGUGGGUCAUGAUAAGCAAUCACUUUCCACGUGCCCAAUUCUGGCUAAUUUGCAUAGUUAAUUGUAAGUUGACAUUUACCUAGGAAAGUUCAAAAUCCGCCGAUGAAAGUGAAGAUGCAGUGAGAGUUGUUAUGGAAACAAUAAAGAAUUUUGGCAAAUAUAUGUAGAUUCUAUGCUAUCUUAAAGAGAAAAACAUAUACAUCUCCUUUUUCUCCAUAAAUUUGGCAAGUAAUUGAAAACCUGCUGCUUACAACUAAAUCGCAUUAUCGGCGCCCAAAUAUCUCUUUCCCCCCAAAAACUUUCCCAACAUUUGCCACCUGUCAUAGGGAUAGACAAUAGUUUUCCUUUGCUCACUCCGCAGUCGACGUCGACUGCGAAGUUCCCACGCCCAAAUUAUUUGCACAAUACAUACAUGUAUGUAUGUAGCCAGUAAAUUCCAAUUCAAUUCAGGCGGCUGGUUCGUGUUUUCCCAACCCAGAGAAAUAAGCCAACAUGGAAUGGCAACUGAUUUUGGCCCAACCAGCAUUUUUUAGCUGUUUGUGGAGCACUCAAAGCCAUUGUCGACUAUUUCAGUAAGCCGCUGACAAACCGUUAAUGUGGCAAAUUGACUUGCUGAGGAAAAAGGUAGCAGCCAAAAGCCAGAAAAAAAUACAAACAUAGAUGCCAAAGAGUUGUUAUUAUUAUAUAGUGGAGUACCAGGUUUCCUCGCAAUGAAGUCAAUUUCUGUACGUACCGCGGGUUCUUUUUUCUGGUUUUCAACCUUUCCCAUCCAGGCCGGGCUUUUAUUACAUUCGUCUUUGUUUUUUAGCUUGAAUUUUCUCUUUAGAAAUUUUCCAUUUGCGCUUUUUUGCUAGCAAUUAUCUGCCCGGUCUCUUCACUAUUGAUUACGCCCAGUUGUACAUUGUGGAUACUUCGAUGCUGGCCGAUGCCAAAUCGAAGCGCUUACAGAACCUUAAUUAGUAUUAUUAGAAACGAAAACAAUUUGCCGGGCUUUGUCCACACUGGACUGGGCAUUAGCCUCGAUUUCAGUUCUACGACAGGGUGGCACGGAAUGGAAUUUUUAUGUUUGUACUAUCUGCUACUCACAAUGGCAUCCAUUAGAACCAUUUCCGAUUUUCACUUCAAUACGUAUAUAUAUAGGAAAUGAAAUGGUAAUUGGAAAGUAUUGGUCGCAUUUACUGCAAAAUAACAUUCUUUUUUAACGGAAUUCGAAAAGGUCUUUGGUAAAAGCAUACAUUUAAAGUUUAACCAGAUGUUUUGCGCCAUCAGAAUCAGAUCUUAAGUUAGUGCAAUAGAAAUCACUUAAAGAGCGAAUCGACAACGAAUGUAAACGCAAUGCGGGAACAUGGUGACAACAAUUAAGAUAACCUGCGAUGGAGUGUUCAUCCAGUCCAACUCGUACCUUAUGCCCACGCCUUCUCCCAGCGGAGCAGGCGCCUCGGGAUCGUCAUCCUCGGAUCGGGUGCUGAAAUCCGCGUCCGCCUCCCCAUCCAAUUCAAACAACGAAAGCGAUAAUUCCCAGACGAGCAGUGGCAGCCAGUCGGCGUCCAGUGCCAGCAAGCGAUCGAAUCGAUCUGUUGGCCGGACUCAUCGAGGAUCUGGAGCACAGGACACGAGGCGACGCUACUACUUUGGCAGCAAGGACAUCUACUGGUGCAAGCAGAGCAGGGAGGCAACUGCAUCGGCCACGUUCUCCGGCUCGGGCUCGGGCUCGGGACUAACGCGCAGCGCCAGCAGUGUCACCCACAAGGAGGCGGCCACCCACGCCACCCACACUGGUGGUCAGGUGAUCUCCCGUGCGCGUCGCAAGCCCAUCCUCCUGUGUAGCAGCCUGAGCGCUGCCUACGCGCCUCCUCGUCGCCGCGAGUUUUACUUCUGCGACAAGUAUGCACCCGGACCAGGAAGGAGUACUACAACUACAACCACUUCAUCCGCAACAUCUGCCAAGCACGAAUCCUCCCCGCCCAUCGACGCACGUCUGCUGAACUUCCUGCGGUGCGCCCAUCGAAAGUUCCAGGCAUCCAAAGCCAAGUCUGAGCUCCAACAAACCAAAGACAAAUCCCUCGGAAAUUCCAGGGAGAGGGCUAGUAAGAACGGACAGAGGACAUCCCGCUCGCUGCCACCCAUUGCCAGCUCGGAGGAGUGGAUCGACGAGGAAGGCCAAGCUAGUAAGACCAGCCACGAGAAGAACCAGAAGCCGCAGCAAAAACCGGAGGAAAACCAUAAGGAGAAGGAGCCGCUUUCGAGAAAGGCGUCCGGCGAGGGUGAUCUGAUCACCGUUGAGAUAAAGCAGGGAUUGCUGAGGAAGCAGACGGCAACCACGACGUCCGGCCAGGCUAUGAACAGCCACGCGACUGCCACGCAGAACGGACAAACCACGGUCGUCGGACACCAUCGCGGAUUCUCGCAGCCCUCGGUGACGGUGGCCGCUGCAGCGACGACAGGCAGCACGGCUGGCGAUCCAUGGUUCCUGCAGACCACCGGUCACCAGAUGCCACCCACUGCACCGUUGCGGCACAACAAACGUCCUGCUCCUCAGCCGAAUGCGGUUUUGGGAGCGGGAUCCGCUGGUGGCGCUGCACCUGGAUCGGCGGUUGGGGCGGUACUGCUCCACCAGCAGCAGCUCAGCCAGUCGCAGCCGCACAUUGUGCCGCCCAGCAUACCGCCACACCACCACCACCAUCGCGAGAACAAUGUGCACCCCAUCCAGGCGGGCGCGGCAGCCGCAUUGCAUUUGUCAUCGCAUGCGCUUAAUAGUCAUAAUUUAAUCAGCAGCGCCAGCAAUCAUUCGCCCAAGUCCCCCAGCCAGACGCAGCAGCAACAGACGACGAGCCAACAACAGCAGCAGCAGCAGCAGGCGUCCCAUAGCAUACUGUCCACGUUUGCGCCCGCCCCCACUGCAGCCGCCGUUCAGCCGGCGGGAUCGCAGGCCGUUGCCGGUACCGCUGCCGCAGUGGCCGCCGUUGCCCAGCAGCAGCAACAGCAGCAUCUCCAGCUGCUGGCCAACUGUCCGCCCGGUGGAGCGGGUCUGAUGUCCUCCUCAUUGAAUGCAGCCCAAAUGGGCAUGCAUGGCGCAAACGAGCGAGCGCUGCCGCCAAAGAGUCUGGCGCUGAGUGGCAGCCAGCACGGCAGCAACAUGCUAUUGCACACAGCACCGCAACCGCCACAGGCAUCCCAGCCAGCGGCAGUGGUCGGCGUCAGUGGCAGCGGAUCGGCGGGCAUGUCCACCUCGCUGCACAGCUUCGACAUUAAUGGCGUCACCGCAUCCAGCGGGGUGAAUGCGAGCAGCGCGUGGUCCAGCGGCUCCACGACUGCCAUGAACCAUGCUUCCCUGUCGCCCACAGCGAUGGCACCGCAGCAAGGUCGGUCCAGGUGCGAGGUCAAACUGAACGCCAUGCCAUGGUUUCAUGGCAGCAUAACGCGGGAUGAGGCGGAGCAUCUGCUGCAGCCACGUGAGGAUGGACUGUUCCUGGUUCGCGAGUCCACAAACUUCCCCGGCGACUACACGCUCUGCGUUUGUUUCCAGUCCAAGGUGGAGCACUACCGGGUCAAGUACCUAGAGAACAAGCUGACCAUCGACGACGAGGAAUACUUUGAGAAUUUGGGCCAGCUAGUGGCGCACUACGAGGCGGAUGCGGAUGGGCUUUGCACUCAGCUGAUUAAAUGCUUGCCAAAGCUGGGCAAGCAAGAGUUCUGCAUUAACUCCAAAGAUUUCGUGGACAAGGGCUGGGUGAUCCCUGAAGCGGAGCUGCAGCUGCGCGAGAGCAUCGGCAAGGGCGAGUUCGGAGACGUGAUGCUGGGCAUAUUACGCAACGAGAAGGUGGCCGUCAAGAUGCUGAAGGACGAAGGAGCCGUGCAGAAGUUUCUGGCUGAGGCCUCGGUCAUGACCACGCUGGAGCACGACAAUUUGGUGAAAUUCAUCGGCCUUGUCUUCACCAGCAAGCAUCUGUAUCUGGUUACGGAAUAUAUGAGUAAGGGAUCACUGGUUGAUUACCUGCGAUCGCGAGGACGACAGCACAUAACCAAAAAGGAUCAAAUCAUUUUUGCCUACGACACUGCCUCUGGUAUGGAGUAUCUGGAAGCCAAAAAGGUUGUCCAUCGCGAUCUAGCUGCACGCAACGUCCUUAUAUCAGAGGACUGCGUGGCCAAAGUAUCGGAUUUCGGCUUGGCACGCGAGGAAUGCUACAAUCUUGACGUUGGCAAGCUGCCCAUAAAAUGGACGGCUCCCGAGGCUCUUAAAAAUGGGCGCUUUUCCAACAAAUCAGACAUGUGGAGCUUUGGCAUACUGCUAUGGGAAAUAUAUUCCUUUGGACGCGUCCCCUAUCCCAGAAUUCCUUUAGCCGAUGUGGUAAAGCACGUUGAGGUGGGCUAUAAAAUGGAAGCACCCGAGGGCUGUCCACCGGAGAUCUACGAAAUGAUGCGGCAGGCAUGGGACCUAAAUCCCGCCAAGCGACCCACAUUCGCGGAGCUCAAGGUCAAACUGCAGUUGCUGAACAAUGCCACGGCGUGAGGAGACACCCAAGUGAGUGACGCCAGCGCGAUAGGGAAGCGAAACUAAAGCGAAUUGUUUAAACCAGCUGUCAUUUAAGCCAAGGGCAGAGCCAAUCCCUGCCAGAAAUACGCCAGAUCCAAAGCUGAAACUGACUUGACACUGAACGCAACAAUUUUUCGUACGAUUAUAUACAUACAUGAAUAUAUAACUACUUUACAACAAUUUAUUUACAUAUAUAAUUCAUGGAGUAAGUUUUGUAAGCCUAAGCGAAGGACCCCAACACAAUCAAGCAAUGUUAGUGAGUUGCGCCAGCUUCCGACAUAUAAGUAAUUGAUAACCAACCACACG